AUGAAGUUUCUCAUCAUACAGGCGGCAUUGGCUGCUUUGUUCGUCCCCUCGGCCGGGGCCGUCCCGACCUCGGAACCGACUCCAACUCCAGACUCGACUCCAGCACCUAAGGUGCAGGGCCCAGAGACACAACAACAGCGAUUCGCCAAGGUCAAUGUCGACGUCCCAACUGGAGAAGGCAAGAUCACGGGCAAAUCGCGUCUGGGAGUCGAGGUUUUCAACGGCAUCCCGUUUGCCGAUCCGCCCGUCGGGCCCCUGCGUCUUAAGCCACCUAGGAGACUCUCGAGAAAGCUGGGCAACGUCGAUGCUACCGGCUUUGCCCCGGCCUGCCCACAAAUGUUCGUCUCUUCCGAGCUAAAUGGCCAAGAAGACUGCCUAACGGUCGACGUCGCUAGACCGGAGGGCACCAAGGCCGGUGACAAGCUUCCCGUCCUCUUCUGGAUCUAUGGAGGAGGCUUCGAAUUAGGAAGCACCAACUCCUACGACGCCACUAGUCUUCUGGCGACGGCCAGGAAGAACAAACAGCCUUUUGUAUACGUGGCUGUCAAUUACCGCGUUGCCGGCUUUGGCUUCAUGCCCGGCAAGGAAAUCCUGCGCGAUGGCAGCUCCAACCUCGGCUUACUCGAUCAACGCAUGGGCCUCGAGUGGGUUGCCGAUAACAUCGAGGCCUUUGGCGGUGAUCCGUCCAAGGUUACGAUUUGGGGCGAGUCCGCCGGCGCCAUUUCUGUCUACAACCAAAUGCUCCUGUUCGGGGGCAACGCAUCCUAUCACGGCAAGCCGCUCUUCCGAGGUGCCAUUAUGAACUCGGGCAGCUCUGUUCCUGCCGACCCGGUCGACUGCCCCAAGGGCCAAGCUGUCUAUGAUUUCGUCGUCGAACAGGCGGGAUGCUCGGGCGCGGAGGAUACCCUGAAAUGCCUGCGCGAGUUGCCCUACGAGACAUUCCUCCGCGCCUCGACUGCGCCCCCCGGGAUUCUGUCGUACACCUCUGUCGCCCUUUCCUACCUCCCCCGCCCCGACGGCAAAGUCUUGGAGGACAGUCCGGACAAGAUGACAGAGAAGGGCAGGUAUCACGCCGUGCCUUUCAUCAUCGGAGACCAGGAAGACGAAGGCACCAUCUUCUCAAUCUUCCAGACUAAUGUAACCACAGCUGACAAGAUGGCCGAUUAUCUUCACCAGUACCUUUUCCACAAUGCCCCUAGGGACAAGUUGAAGGAGUACGUCGACCUCUACGAGCCCGCGCUACUGCAGGGGGGUCCUUUCCGGACAGGUAUUCUCAACGAACUAUACCCUGGCUUUAAGCGAGUCGCCGCGAUCCUGGCCGAUGUCAGCUUCCUCUCGACCCGGCGCACGGUGCUUAAGUCGAUUGCCAAGGUCAAGCCAGACGUGCCUGCCUGGUCCUACCUCUCGUCCUAUUUCUACGGCACGCCCGUUGUGGGAACCUUUCACGGGUCGGAUAUCCUUCAUAUCUUCUACGGCAUCUUGCCCAGCCACGCCAUGAAGAGCUGCCGCACGUACUACUUCAAUUUUCUCUACAACCUGGACCCGAACAAGGGCGUGGGCGGCUAUGCAGAGUGGCCGCAGUGGAAGGACAACAACGAUCUCAUGUGGUUCAAGUCGUUUUUCAAUAAUAAGAUUAUCAAGGAUGACUUCCGUAGUGGUGCCUUGGGGUGGCUCGAGAAACAUGGGGAUAUUCUGCGUAUCUGA